GCAGCAGAGCCACUGUUUACAGGCAGAGAACAGGAGGCUGCACGAGCUGUGGACGCGUGGAAACCGGAGGUCGCAGCAGAAGCUCGUGUAAAGUUGGUGAAACUCGCAGGUGAAACGGUUCGGGUCUUGUGGGUCUCAUGGUGACAUUCUACCGGAUCCCUGCUAACGACUCGCCGGCUUCAGAGCGUCGAUCCGGGCGGUAAAUCGCCACAUUCCGCCCGCGGACUCCUGCACGCUCGCUAGCUAGCUAACAGCUAGCUGCAGGAGCUACUCGGCUAGCUGGCUAGCGAGGUCCAGCCCCAGAGAGAAGUUGUUUACCCCAAGUUGUGGAUGUGGUCGCCCCCCGAGCUGCCCACGACUUCUCUCCGGGACCAGAGGGCCAGGACCCCCGCGGCACACUGGACUUAACGCUGCGAGCUGUUGGGAACUAGCAGGAUGUCCGCAGAGGUCGAGAGCAGCCAGGUCGACUCCGGUCUGACAGCGGAGAAGCACCAAAACAAGUCCGAGGCGCAGAGGGAGCAGCCGGGGCAGAGGGGCUCCGACAAGCCGCUGCAGGGCGGCUCCGAGGCGGACCGCAGCCCCGCGGACACACACAGGAAAUCCAAGGAAAACGACAAGGAGAACGACCAGAGCGGCGACGCGGACGCGGCUGCGGAGGCGGAGAAGAGGAAAGUUGUGGAGGCUCCUCCGCCGAAAGUCAACCCGUGGACCAAGAGGACCACGGGCAGGGUCGGCAUCAACACCAUCAGCUCCCAGGACAAAGAUCAACAAAACGCUCUGAAAGUCGUCCGGGCCAGCAAACCCAGGCCGAGGAAGUCCAGCAAGUCCGGUGACUUCAGCGAUAUCACAAACUGGCCCACACCCGGGGAGCUGGCCAAAGAGCAGCAACAAAAUGUCCUGAACAACAACGGAAAGAAGCCCAACGUCUCUCGCAAGGAGGAGGAGAAGACGGGCGAGCGACCGGAGAGCAGCCAGGAUGGGGGGGAGAGCAAGGAGAACCAGGAGGCGCAGCCCGACCUGCUGGGAGAGCUGCCCAAAGACGGAGAGUCCAAGACGGCCCCGGACGCCACGAGCGCCAGCCUGAAGAAGAGGGGGGGUGAGGGUAACAAACGUAAGUGGGUGUCUCUGCCGCUGGAGGACGGCUCCCGGGACGACGGCGGGGACAAGACGCCCGGGGGGGGACACACGGAGCCCAACAGCGACUCCCCCGACCCCACCUCGCCCAAUCACACGCUCCAUAAUAACAGGCAGCAUGAUAGCAGCAGGAGCUGGAGAAGUGGACCGAGGGACUUCGGUGACGAGGCCGCCAGCGUCCGAAGUGACGGUGGGAGCGUUCGUGGUGGAGUACGAGGCCGAGGGAAAGGUCGUGGGCGCGGGAGAGGUCGUGGACGAGGUCGUUAUGAAUUCUCCCAGAACUUCAGAGACUCUCAGUCGUCCGACGGAUCGGCUCAGGGCGACUUCGGCAACAACAUGGUUUACUACUACGACGACGGCAGCAAGGUCCAGAUGUACUCGGUGGAUGAGAAGCUCCUCAAGGAAUACAUCAAACGUCAAAUCGAGUACUACUUCAGCCUCCACAACCUGGAGCGAGACUUCUUCCUGAGGAGAAAGAUGGACGUGCAGGGCUUCCUCCCCAUCUCCCUGAUCGCCAGCUUCCACCGCGUCCAGGCCCUGACCACCGACGUCAGCCUCAUCCUGGAGGCCCUGAAGAACAGCACGGAGGUCGAGAUUGUGGACGGGAAACUUCGCUGUAAAGUUGAGCCGGAGCGCUGGCCCAUCCUCGCCCCCCCCAUCGGGGACUCGCCCCGGACCGACUUCUCUCAGCUCAUCAACUGCCCCGAGUUCGUUCCCCGUCAGACGCUCAGCUCCACGAACUCCGCUUCAUCGCUCGAGAAGGAGACUCCUCCCGAGUCUGCCGAGUCUCAGGACUCAGCCGAGGCCGACUCCUCCAGCCAGGAGGAGCUCCCCCCCACCGACACCUCUGAAGACGCCGACGGCCCCAAGCCGGACCCUGACGCCUGGAUCCAGGUGGAGAAACGCCACAAGCAGCCGUCAGCAAAGGCAAAGGGCGACAGCAAGACGCCUCCCAGCAGCCAAGCUCCCGCCCCGGCCGAGCCCGUCCAGGAGGAGCUGGACUUCCUGUUCGACGAGGAAAUGGAGCAGAUGGCGCCCAGGAAAAACCAUUUCACCGACUGGUCCGACGAGGACAACUCGGACUACGAGCUGGACGACCAGGACGUCAACAAGAUCCUCAUCGUCACCCAGACUCCUCCCCACAUGCGUAAACACCCCAGCGGCGACCGGACGGGCAACCACGAGUCCCGGGCCAAGCUCACUACCGACCUCGCCAAGGCCAUCAACGACGGGCUGUACUACUACGAACAGGACCUGUGGACGGGAGAGGAACAGGUCGAGGUUAUCAAGCAGGAAGUUGGAAGUUUCAAGAAGCUGAGCGUCAUCACUAAAGACGAGUUCGAUACACUCGCCCCCAAAGUGCCUGUUGACCCGAACCAGGAGGUGCCACCUCCCCCGAUGCCAGUGGACAGCGACGCACAACUGUCCCACUCUCUACCCACAACGGUCCCAGACUCGCCCAGAGCUCACGAGCCCCGAACCCCCAAGACGCCUCGCACCCCCGGACGCCAGGACCCGAACAAGGCGCCGCGCUUCUUCCCCGUGAUGAAGGAGAGCGGCACGGUGGACGGACAGAUGUCGAGGAAGAAGAAGACUCGCCACAGCUCCAACCCGCCACAGGAGGCGCACAUCGGCUGGGUGAUGGACUCCCGUGAGCACCGGCCGCGCUCCACAUCCAUCAGCAGCUCCAACGCGUCUCCAUCAGAAGCGGCUCCGCUGCUGGGAAACUACAGCUGCACCCCCCAGUCGCUGCCCAAGUUCUGGCAUCCGUCCCACGAGAUGCUGAGGGACAACGGCUUCACCCAGCAGGGCUACCACAAGUACCGCCGACGGUGCCUUAACGAGAGGAAGCGGUCCGGAGUCGGUCAGUCACAGGAGAUGAACACCCUGUUCAGAUUCUGGUCCUUUUUCCUGAGGGACAACUUCAACAGGAAGAUGUACGAGGAGUUCAAACAGUAUUCAGUGGAAGACGCCAAAGAGAACUACAGGUAUGGACUGGAGUGUCUGUUCAGAUACUACAGCUACGGUUUAGAGAAGAGAUUCAGGUUAGAUCUGUUCAAGGACUUUCAAGAGGAGACGCUCCGAGACUUUGAGAAAGGUCAGCUCUACGGUCUGGAGAAGUUCUGGGCCUUCCUGAAAUAUUCAAAGAUGAAGAACCAGCCCAUUGACCCGAAGCUGCAGGAACACCUCUCCCAGUUCAAGAACCUGGAGGACUUCAGGGUGGAUCCCCCGAUGGGAGAGGAGGGAGGCAGGAGGAGACGCCACUCGUCCUCGGCCGGGGACGAAGGGAGGCGUCGGCGACAUCCUUCCAACACUACCUCAAAGCCCACGCAGGCCUCCAAAUCCUCCGGUGCUGCUGCUCCACCUGCCGCUGCCACCACCACCACCACCCCUGCUGCUGCUGCUGCUGCUGCUGCUGCUGCACCGAACGCACCCAAAGACAACGCCCAGAAACCCGCUGCAGGAGCGAGCGCCGCGGCGAAGAAGACGGAGUCCGGUGCCGGGAAGAAGCCGAGCGCUGCACCAAAUAAAUGAAGCUCCCUCCCUGGAGGCGUGGGUUUGGAUAGAAGAGAAGAGGAAGCGGCUCCGAGCUGCAGAGUUUGCUCUUGUCAGCGGCAAACCGUUAGGGUAUGAAGAGAGACUGAGCGUGGUUGACUUCAUUUGAUUGUUUUUAUCAGUGCAUUUCAUUUUAAAGCAAGCAAGCAAGCAUAGGCCGUGAGCUUGAAUCUGUGCAGCUCCUUUUUAUGUUUACAGAAAAGAAAAAAAAAAAUGCAUUCCCUGCAUUUUGCCUUUUGUUCUCUCAGAUGCCAAAACUCUUCAACAUGUGUGUCGAUCUGCACGACCUGUCGGCCGCUGUGGUCUGUGACCAGGUGUUGAACUGUGAUUCUAGUUUGCCAAGAUAAGAGACGCAGCCGAUUGUCUUGUGUGCCUUAGAUCUGACUCACCAGGACGACUGGAGGACGAUUGGUGACCACAACUAAACAAGUCCAAAUUCAGCUUUUUUUUAAAAGUCUUCCCAGCUGAUUUAUUUUUGGGGUUUUAAUGUUUUUCAAAGUGACACCAAUCACAUUUUUCUAUUUUUUAUUUUUGUCAUGAGGCAUAAAUAUCUUCAUCGUCUUCAUCAUGACAAUCAAUGUCGACCUCCCCCCCCGAGGCUGCUGCUCUGGGACAGAUGUGUCCUGAUGUUUUUCAGUCUGACUCACAGACAUCACAGCUGAAACCAUCACAUCGGAUUUUAAUAAAUUUAAUUAAAAACCUGGCAAAAAAUGUUAAAUUCAUCUGGGAAGCUUUACUUACUUUAAGUCCCAUUUUACACCCAGAGGUAGAAUAAUUUAUUGUUUUGUUUUUAAUUUUACUUGAUUGAUGAAAUAGUCUUAGGUAAUCGAUGCAGUUUUAAAUGCUUUUUGCUAUUGAAUAUCAUAUAAAAAAAGUUAAAUAUUUCUGCUGGAACUAUGGGUGUGAGCUAGCUUCAUAAAAAAAACUACAGUAUAUUUUAGCUUGAAGUUUACUUCAUAUUUUGUUUGAGGCUUAGUGCUAUAGAGCACUUUAAUCAUUAACUUUCCUUUACUUCAUCCGUGGACUUAAAGAGAGGAUUUAGAGUUGAAUUUAAAGAAAAAAAUGUAAAUACUAUAAAAAAUAAUUUGCUAUUCAGUUAUCCUUUUUGAUUUUAAGACGUGAUUUGUUUUAUCGGUAAUGUGGUUUUUUUGUUUUGAGUGUGUUUUAGGACAAAGCAAUGCAUGUCGAUGAAUUGUAAAAUGCAAAAAAAUAUAUAAAAUAACACUUGAUUGUA